UCGGGCUCCGCGCGGCGCGGGAGCGGCAGCGGAAGCGCGGGGAGCGGCGGGCGCGGGAUGGAGCCGCCGGCCAAGGAGGGGCCGCUCUUCGUGCAGCACAGCCACAAGUUCGGCACCAAGAGGUGGAAGCGGGGCUGGUUCGCGCUGUUCCCGGCCAGCCAGCACGGCGUCGCCCGCCUGGAGUUCUUCGACUGCAAGGAGCCGGCGGGGCCCCCCGGGCGGCUGGGCACCCGGCGGCUGGACAAGACGGUGGUGCGGCUGGCCGACUGCACCAGCGUGGCCCCCGCGCCCGCCGAGAGCGGCCCCCGCGCAGGCACCGCUGCCUUCCGCCUGGAGACCAGCGGCAGGAGCUACCUCUUGGCGGCCGACAAGCAGCAGAGCGAGGAGUGGGUGGCGAAGCUGUGCGAGAUCGCCUUCCCGGGGAAUGGCCCCGGCAAUGCUGGCGUGGCAGCCCAGCGUGGCAGAGAGGGCAACGGGGAGGCGCCGGCCCUGGAGAUGGCUGUGAACUCCAUCUACUACUCGAGAGACGAAGUGAAUGCAUUCUGGGUGACGGUGCAGCGGACCGAGGCUGCAGAGCGAUGUGAGCUACGUGGUGCAUAUGUGCUCAAGGCUGAGCGUGACAGCCUUGUCCUGAAGGACCCACGGACAAACGAGGCCCUCUAUGUCUGGCCCUACCGGCUGCUUCGGAGAUAUGGCCGGGACAAGGUGAUGUUCUCCUUCGAAGCUGGCAGGCGCUGUGACUCUGGCCCAGGGAACUUCACCUUUGAGACCAAGCAGGGCAAUGAGAUCUUCCGCCUGGUGGAAGACUCCAUCCGGGAGCAGAAAGCACAGGUGGAGGAGAACCGGCAGAGCUGUGAUUCACUGGAUUCAGACAGCCCCAGUGUGGUCCUGAUCCGCCAGGCCCUGGCUGACUCUCUGAGCCUAGAGCUGCCUGUGGAGGGGGAUGACACUGCAGCACCCAAAGCAGGACUGGCACCCAGGUCCAUUGCUGCAGCGGAGGAGAGAGACACAGUGUCUCUGCUGAAGAACCGGACUCUGCCAGAGCCCCCUGUGCCGCAGGCCAAGCCCACCAUCCCCAGCACGCCCCCACGCUCCCCUCUGCCCAAGGCACCACGAGCUGCGCUACUGGCUGAGGACCCCUCCAGCCUGUACUCAGAGCCCCUGGACUCGGUGAAGGGCUUCCGGCCCUGGCUGGACCCGUUGUACUCGGACCCCGUCGACAGCAAGGCUGCGACUGGGGCCCCAGAUGAGGCAAAGCUCCGGGUGCCAGCACCGCUGUACACGGGCGCCUAUGAGCAGGUCCGGGCCGAGGCUCGCAGCCAGGCACCUGGGCGGAAGGAGCACAUCUAUGACGAGCCCGAGGGCCGCGCUCCCCGUGCAGUACCCUCUGCUGCCUGCAUCUAUGAUGAAGCACGGCCCACAGGCGAGGCCUGGCGUACCCAGGGCCACGAUGGCAAGGGUGGCUACGAGUAUCCCUAUAACCCCAGCACUGAUGACUACUCGGUUCCUGCCUUCCAGGCCAAGGCCAAGGGCCCUAAGCCAGUGCCUGCCCCCAAGCCCCCAGCAGCAUUUAUCCCCAAAGGUGUCGAAAGAAGUGGGGACCCUGGCAGGCGGCGAGGGAACCCUGCUCCUGAGAAGGCAGUCGUCAAACUCAGCCUCAACAGCAGCAGCAACAACAACAACAACAAAGUGGAGGUGCUGUACAGCCAGGUGGUGAAGCCCCAGCACAGGCAGAAGAAGGAGCAGUCUGUGGAUGAGUGCAGCUUGUCGCCUGUCUAUGAGGACUUAGGAGAGAUAUAACAUGCCGCUGCUCUGUACCUGUCUGGGGGAGACUGCGGGGCCUGGACCCACUUGUGAGCGGUGCAGGCUGCCGUCCUCCAUGGGUCCUGUGGGUGGCUUGGGUUUGGGGACUGUGUGGGACUGGGCAGAGCCCCUCCUGCUCACGAGCACCCAGGGACUGCAUCUCCCUGGGUCCCUUCCCGCACCUGGGAGCCAGGUUGCUGCAGCUGCUGUAGGUGCACUUCCUGGCUCAAGCCAGCUCCGCUGACACCUCCUGAUGUGGCAGGAGGGUUGGCUCUGUCGCACUGUGCCUGCUGCUGUGACUCCAGAGGCUUUGGUUCUGCUCUGGCUUCUCUGGGUAGGCCACAGGGCUGAGAUGCCUACUGCAAUGCCUGGAGGACUGCUUGCCAUCAGUCUCCAGAAGUAUUUUUAUACAAAAGUAUUUUGAUAUUAAAAUCUGUAUGUCUCGG